AUGGGUUCGACAUUUGUUCCACCUCCUGCUCCACACGUCGCCGACUAUAUCGUUAUAGCCAUUUUCCUCUGUGUCUGUAUAGGGAUUGGUGUUUACUAUGGUUAUCAGACCAACAAGAACCCGACACUGGAGAAUUAUUUCUUUGGAAACCGACGUCUGCUGGUCGUACCAGUGGCUAUGUCCAUUUUUGUAACGUUUAUCUCUGCGAUAUCGGUAAUGGGUAUACCAGCCGAGAUAUACUUGUUCGGAAUCCGAAUGAUUCAUGGAGUUGUGGCGUACGUUUUGUCUAUAUGUAUAGCUAACGUUACCGUUGUUCCUCUACUGUACCCACUAAAACUGACCAGCACAUACGAGUAUCUACAACAUCGGUAUAAUUCCAAAAGUGUCCGCCUCAUGGGGACGGCAAUCGGAAUGCUUCAUACGGUGAUUUAUAUGGGGAUCGCUCUUUACGCUCCAGCAUUAGCUCUUGAAAUUGUGGCUGGGAUACCACUGUGGGUUUCUAUAGUUGUCAUUGGAUUUGUCUGUACUAUAUACACAACAAUCGGAGGAAUCAAAAGUGUUGUAUGGACUGACGUUUUUCAGUGUAUUAUGCUGUUCGUUGGAAUGAUAGCUGUUAUCAUAAAAGGCACUAUUCUGAUAGGACCGAGUCACUCAAUUUUGGGAAUCGCAACUGAGGGAAAGAGACUUGAGCAUUUUAACUUUGACCCAGAUCCCAGGAUUCGUUACAGUAAUUGGGGUUUGUGGAUUGGUCUUGUGUUCUCAAAUCUUGCAAACUGGUGCAACCAAGCAAGUGUCCAGAGGAUUUCUUCUCUACGGAGUCUUAAAUCAGCUUAUUUUGCAUUUUGGAUGCUUGGUCCACUUCUUGUGAUGUUUUAUACCAUCCUUGGAUACUUGGGUAUCCUUAUUUACUCCUACUACAACACUUUGGAAUGUGAUCCACUUCAAGGAGAAUUUAUCUCGAACAUCAAUCAACUGACGCCGUAUUUCGUGCUCGAUGUGUUGCAAACCCUCCCAGGGUUCUCUGGUGUCUUUAUCAGCUGUUUGUUCAGCGGGGCACUUAGUACAUUUUCGUCGGGAAUCAACUCUUUAGCUGCCAACACUGUAGAGGAUAUUCUGGGUGAUUGUGUCAAAAAAUCCAAGAUAAUUUCCCAGACGCUUGUAGCAAAAUUAUUUGUGAUCUCGUACGGAUUGGCGGUCAUUGGAUUAGCAUACGCUAUCAACUCCUUGCCAGGUUCAGUAAUGCAGAUGGCGGGGAUCGUUUUUGGCGCAUGUGGAGGACCGAUGUCGGGGCUUUUCUAUCUUGGCGGAAUGGUACCGAAAGCAAACUGGAUAGGUGCGAUUGUCGGCAGUGUGACUGCUCUUGUCUUCAAUAUUUGGAUAGCAGUAGGUGCACAGUUAUACGGGAAUCGUCCUGAAAUAUUACAAUUCAACCCUACGAACCGGUGCUUUCCUGAUAACAUCACGACCACGAUGGUAGAAUCAACGACCUACAACUACAACAUAACGACUGCUUCAUAUGAUACAAGUGGAUACUCCAGUCAACCAAUAAACAAUCAUAACACAUCUGAUGAAGGCUUUUUCCUAUACAAUGUCUCCUAUACCUGGUACGGUUUUACUGGAUUUUUCCUCACACUGAUCGUCGGAACCGUCGUUAGCCUAUGUACAGGUGGUGAUCGCGAAGAAACUGUGGAUGCCCGUCUCAUCUUCCCUGUUUGUAGAAAGGUGUUUCGUCUGGAGCCUAAUUGUACAUAUCAGUUGACAGAGAACAAGCCAACUUUGGAACAAACGCCUGCAUCUCAGGAGAAGAUAUCAAAUGAAUACCACGAAUCGAUUGGCAAAGAACGGGAAGCAUCUUUUUAA